AUGAAUACAAGAAGAGCGGCCACAUGGAGAGUGGAAGAGGGGGUUGCUAAUGAUGAGGGAGUUCCUCCUCAAGGUCCUCAAGGGCCUCAGGCUCCUCAAGCUCCUAAUGAUGAGUGGGCUAUGACUAAUGUGGAGAUAAGGACAACUCUCCAAACUUUGACUCAUGCUCUAACGACUCAAGUCACUAGGGAUGCUAGAGUCCAAGUGAACCCCAAUGCAAGCACAACCACUUCUAACAUAAGGGAUUUCACAAGGAUUAAUCCACAUAGCUUCUAUGGUUCCAAAGUGGAUGAAGACCCACAAGGGUUUAUUGAGGAGGUGUUUAAUGUGCUUGAAGCUAUGGGAGUGUCUCCAAUAGAGAAAGCGAAACUAGCCAACUACCAAUUGAAGGACGUGGCUCAAGAUUUCACCCCUAGAGCUAAGGUAAAGAAAGAUGCAAGAAUUCAUCAACCUCCGCCAAUAAGGUCGGCAAUGCUUAUUCCAACCAUAAACAUCUCCCAUCUUAUGGUUCAUGCCGAGCAAAUUGAGGAACAAAAGCUCAAGCAAGUGGGUAGAGAAGUGAAAAAGGCAAGAGUUGAUGAUGGUAAUUCGUCUAAUAAUAGGUUCGAGGUUCAAGGGAAACCGAGGUUUAAGAAGAGGUUUUCUAAUCAAGGCACUUCUAGCACUCCUAAGGUCAACAAAGAGAGGGUGCCUACUCCAAAGCCACAAGGUGGUGGUGGAGGUGGUUCUUAUGUUGAUAGACCAACUUGUGCGAAGUGUGGCAAAAAGCAUGAUGGAAAGUGCCUUGUUGGCACAAAUGGGUGUUUUAGUUGUGGUAAUAGUGGCCACAUGAACAGGGAUUGUCCUAUGUUAAAGGUUCAAGGGAGAGCGGGCAAGCAAGUCCCUUCAAGUGGCUCUAAUUUCGAUGCUCCCAAGAAGAAUCACUUCUAUGCUCUCCAAUCUAGAAGUGAUCAAAAGAGUUCUCUGGAUGUUGUCAUCGGUAUGUUGCAAGUAUUUUCCAUUAAUAUUUAUGCAUUGUUAGACCCCGGUGAACUUUAUCUUUUGUUACCCCUUUAG